AUGGACGAUUACAUUGUGACCACAGAGGACUACUGGUUAUUCGACUAUGACAAUUACUCAUUCUCCCCUGAAACCAGCAAGACGUACGCAGCCCCCUGCCCCCAUGAGGACAUCUACGCUUUUGCGCAGAGGUACCUGCCCGUGGUCUACACCCUGGUCUUCUUCCUAGCCGUGGUUGGCAAUUCGCUCGUUCUGUGCGUGAUCCAACGCUACCGCAACUCCAGCGGUGGCGGUGCCUGCUCCUUCUCCCUGACCGACACCUUCCUCCUCCACUUGGCCAUCUCUGACCUGUUUCUGGCAUUCACACUUCCGCUCUUCGCCACGCAGUGGGCCUACCAGUGGGUGUUUGGUGAGGCGGUCUGCAAGCUUUCCGGCGCUUUGUUCUCGCUCAACCGCUACAGUGGCAUCCUCUUCCUGGCAUGCAUCAGCUUCGAUCGCUAUUUGGCCAUCGUGCACGCCAUCAGUUCUGUAUGGAAGCGCAAAACCUGCCAGGCCCAGGUGGCCUGCGCCUUCAUCUGGGUGUGCUGCCUGGGACUCGGAGGGGUGGACAUCAUCUACAAGCAGGUGAGCGAAGUGAAACUCAUAGAUGGGCGGGGUCCGCUCCUUUGCCAGGUGUGGUUCACCGACAAUGCCGCGCAGUGGCAGGCAGCCCUGCAGCUUCUAAGUGUGAGUUUGGGUUUCGGACUCCCGCUGCUGAUCAUGCUUUAUUGCUACAUCCGGAUCUUCCGCUCGCUCUGCAACGCAACCCGCCGGCAAAAGCGCAAGUCCCUCCAUCUCAUCGUCUCCCUGGUGUCUGUCUUCGUGCUAUGCUGGGCGCCAUUCAACUGCUUCCAGCUAGCCGACGGCCUGCAGAGGCUGGGUGCAGUGGUCGGAGGCUGCCAGUUUGGCCGCGUGGUGGACAUGGGCAGCGUGAUCACUGAGAGCAUUGGGCUGUCGCACUGCGCCCUCAACCCGCUGUUGUACGGCUUUGUGGGUGUCAAGUUCCGCAGGGAGAUGUCUCGUAUGUGCAAGGGGCUGCUAGGGAAGGGAGGCUGGAUCGGAGCGGAAGAAUGGAGGGACAGGAAGAGGAAAACCACUGGCUCCUACAGCUCCGCCGAGAGUGAAAACACACGCUACUCGGUCAUAGUAGGAAGAUGA